UCAGUCUCUGACAAAUACGAUGACGAAGGCCCUGGGUAAACACAUGGUCAUUUCCUAUUAAAAGUGAGGAAAAGGGACUCGGAAUUUCAGAACACACACGCUGCCCAUGUUCCCCUCGGGUCACAUUAUGAAAUCUUCCAAAAAUGCAACUAAAAUUUCACCGCAUUCGGGCAAAUUCAGAGGGGGCGGCAGGACUCGGAGGGAGCGUGCUGCAGGCGUGUGGGUUUCUCCAGACGACGCCCGGCCUGAGCUAGGCCUGGCUGGAGCACCCGCGGUCGGCAAAGGGUCCGCGUCUCGCUCCGGAACUGGCCCAUGUCCCAGUGCGAGCCAGGGAGGCGCGGCCGUGCCACGGGCCCCUCUCUGCGGGAAAGACAGCAAGCAGCGCGGCAGAGCGGGGCCCCCGUCUCUGAACUCUGUCUUCAUUAAGUUCCCUGGCGUGGACGCCUCUGAUUCUCUCACCAUUUAAACCCGAGAGCUCGCACCCGCGGCGAAGGCGGCUCGUCCAGGUGCGAGUUCUCUGCCUCACACGUAGCAAGUGAGACAGGCAGAGAUCGGAACCGCCCAGACUGAAACGGGCUCCCCACGUAGGUGUGAAAACCCUGCCCCCGAGACGCUGUGGGGAGCAGCUUAACACUCGCAAGACCCAAACUCGUCUUCAGACCGGCUUCCUUCGCCGACAGGCCGAGAGCUCACCGGCUUCUUCGCCGUUAAAAUGACGGCCUCCUCCCUGCUCUUCCUGGUCGCCGCGGCUUGUCUGACGCCUGCGUGCUCCAGCGAGGAGGUCAUCGGCGGGAGAGAAGUGGCCCCUCACUCCAGGCCGUUCAUGGCCUCGCUGCAGUACCACGGGGAGCACGUGUGCGGGGGGGUCCUGAUCCACCCGCAGUGGGUGCUGACCUCGGCCCACUGCCACCACCGGUUUGCCCGAGGCCAGUCUUCCCACGUGGUUCUGGGCGCCCACUCUCUCUCGAAGGAUGAGGCCUCCAAGCAAACAUUUGGGGUCACAAAGCUCAUUCCGUUCUCAGGAUUCACCUCGGACCCCGAGUCGCAUGACAUCAUGCUGGUGAAGCUUCACGCACCCGCGAAGCUCGGCAAGCAGGUCCAGCUGCUCCAGCCGCGCCCCCGGGACGACCUCCGAGCGGGAACGAAAUGCCGGGUCACCGGCUGGGGCGCCACCGACCCAGACGUGCUGAGCCCCUCGGACGCCCUGCGCGAAGUCACCGUGACCGUCAUCAGCCGGAAGCUCUGCAACAGCCCGAGUUACUACAACCACCGGCCCGUCAUCACGAAAGGCCUGGUGUGUGCCGGCGACGCCAAGGGCCAGAGGGACUCCUGCCAGGGCGAUUCCGGGGGCCCCCUGGUCUGCGGGGGCGCCUUCUCCGGCCUGGUCUCUGGAGGCCUUAAGUGCGGCGACGCCAAGAAACCCGGGGUCUACACCCUCCUCACCCGGAAGGUCCAGGCCUGGAUCCAACGCAAGCUCCCCCGCCCUCCUGCAGAAUGAGCUGCACCCCGCGCUCGGCCGGCCUGCUGCUUGUUUCUGUGUUUGUUUCCCCCCAGAAUCUGUUCUACGGGCCAGCUUGAUCGUCCGAUGUCACUGGAUGCGGUUACCUUGGGGCUCGGGGAGGGCCCCGGCCCCUUAGGACCGCCUUGGUCAUGGAACCGAGUCCUCUGUCCCACGUCUCGCUGGUGGGUGCCUACGCUGCUGGUUUCAGUCUGAAUAAAGGGUAGA